AUGAGCAGCAAAGAAGACCCCAGCAAAUGCUGUCCGGCGGCUGCUCCCAUCUCCAGUUUCACCAUCCAGUCCAUCCUGGGCAGCGGCAGCUCUGAGCCACCCCGGGAAGCUGGUGGCCGGGCGGCCGCAUGGCCACCCCGCAGUCGAACUCUUUCCCUCUCCUCGGAGGACGGGGAGCCGGACGAGAGCUGGAAACGCCGCGGCUGCUUUUGCCCCGAGGCGCAGGGCCCCGCCGAGGCGUGCCACAAGCACCAGCCCCUCAGCUUCACCUGUAUCGGCAGCUCCAAGGGGAGCGGAGCAGCAGGCAGCGGGGAGCGGGGAUCCUUCCUCUCGCCCCCCCAGCAGCAGGACUCUAAGGAAGACAAGGAGAAGACGCUGGGACCCUCCUCGCCCUCCUGCGGGGACCGACAACGCGACGGCGGGGAUCGGCAGGCCGGAGCCGCCAAGAAGAAGACGCGCACGGUGUUCAGCCGCAGUCAGGUCUAUCAGCUGGAGUCCACCUUCGACAUGAAGCGCUAUCUGAGCAGUUCGGAGCGGGCCUGCCUGGCCUCCAGCCUGCAGCUCACCGAGACCCAGGUGAAGACCUGGUUCCAGAACCGCAGGAACAAGUGGAAACGGCAGCUCUCGGCCGAGCUGGAGGCGGCCAACAUGGCCCACGCCUCGGCACAGACUCUGGUGGGGAUGCCGCUGGUGUUCAGAGACAAUUCCCUCCUCCGAGUACCGAUGCCCCGUUCAAUCGCCUUCCCAGCCCCUCUCUACUACCCUGGCAGCAACCUCUCGGCCUUACCGCUCUACAAUCUCUACAACAAGAUCGACUAUUGA